AUGGGAAAGUCGUUUAAAACCUCCAACGCCAUGUCGGUUGGAUUUUCACCGCUUCCCAAUGCUUCAAGCAGGAAGAUCCAACGAAUGAACACCCAGUCGGUCAUCGUGUCGGCGGUAAAGAAUAAUCAAAUUGUUCCAGCCAUAUCUACGACCAGACAAACGGAGAAAGCAAGUGAAAAAGAUCAGUUCCUAACACUCAGUUUUCAAGAAGCUUUUGGCGUGCUAGGAUAUCCCAUGUUAGUUACACUUGCGGCAUGCAUCUCGUGGACAAAUUGUUUGAUAUGCGUGACAUUACUUCCGAACCAAGUUGCUAACUGGUUAAUGGGUACUAAUGGCUACGACAAUGGUCAGUUCUGGUUAAUUAUCGAUACGGAUCCGGUGAUGAUCAAGAUUGGCGCAGUAGGGCUUGUGGUUGUGAAUGCUUGUUAUCUGUACGUCGUCGUCAAAAUGCUGUGUUGGCGAAAUACCGUUCUUAAUCUUCAGCGAGCCACUCUAAGGCUAGAAGAGCAACAACGAAUAGACUCUGCAUCAAACUCGUGGGUUUGUACUGCAGGCACUCGCGUCAAGACUCAGUACGUGGAGUUGACAUCAUUCCGUGGGAGCAAGCGGAAAUUCUGGAAUGUUUGUUUGAAGGUAUUCAAUUUGACCAUGCAGAUGACAGUGCUGCUCGAGCUCUUGGAAAUUGGAAACCCUGAGGCUCUUGUUUAUGGAUACACUGCAUUAAUUUCGUUGGGCUCUUUAGCAGGAGCGGCCAAGAUACUGAUUGGAAAGUUUUCUGCGAUGGGGGAGGUUAUCGCCGGUUGUGUCUUCGACCUAUUCGCUGCAAUCAUUUUUCCAGUUCUAGUGCUCGUGUACUGCUACUACAAUUUUCAGUUUGAUGACGCCGUGUUUGCUACAUAUCUGGAAAUCCUCCCGGUUGGCAGCUUUGAGCGCUCUGCUGCAGUGUUUGCUGACCCAUCCGAAGUGGCACUUUUUCGCUCGGCAUUUGACUCGCUCCGGAUUAAAUCUGCUCUCGACUUUAUUCUUCGAGUUGGCAUCAACCUGUCGUUUUGCUAUCGUCUCAAGCGCAUUGGAGAUGUCCUUGUUGUUGCGCAUCUACGGCGCGCACAGGCCGUGCGAGCAAAGAGAAUUAGGCGGCCAAGAAAGCAAAAGCCAGUACCAAGAGUGUUUGCAGUAUUUUUCAUUGCCUUCAGUGUCGUGGUGUGGAUGGUGACUAAUCAAGCUAUCACGGACUCACACGCGCACUGCUCUCAUUAUGCGCAGUGUGUUGUUUACGCUUACCGCUGGAAACAGGAUGGGGUGUGUCCGUGUAGAAUAUUAAUCGACGUGGAUCGAGCACCAAAAACGUACGACGAGUGGAUCAAUCCGGUCGAUGUGUACAGCACUGUCCAAGCAUUGGCACUUUCAGGAGAAUUACGGUCACUCCAGUUGAUUAAUCGCCAACUACUGGAAUUGCCAAGCGAACUUCAAUCCUGCCGACACCUUUCGUCUUUGGAAUUAAUUUAUACCGGUAUCCAGAAGAUUCCGUCGUGGGCCAAGGAAUUCAAGUAUCUUCAAAUUCUUCAUUUGGAGGGAAAAGUUGGAAGCCAAAACCUCCUUUCGCUACCCGAAGAUCUCUUCAGUGAUAUGCCGUGGCUCUCCACAGUUCACAUUGGAAUUCACCCCGAACUUUCACGUCUUCCACCUCUCAGCGGUGUUCCGAAUCUUCGGAGUGUGACUCUAGCGUGGUUACUUGAGCUGCGGACACUCCCGAGCUUUAAUCAUGUUUCUCAACUGCAAAGUCUUGUCUUGGGGUUACUCCCUCACCUUGAGCAGCUACCAGACAUGGCACCUCUGCAGUCUCUCCAGAAUUUUACAAUUUCGCGACCGAUCCAACUCUGUUGCAAUGGGUUUCGUGGAACAUGUGACUUAACCGACAACUACUGCGUCAAAAACCCGAGCUCGAGUAUUCCAGCGGCACUUUGUUUUAAUGACACACCUUUUCUCGGCCAUGCUGGUACUCAGCAAGCGUUCGAGAGAUUUAAUGCUAGUAUCUGCCAGAAAUUGUCAUCGGACUUGCUAGUUGUACCAGGUGGGCCUACCAAACAAACGAUCGAAGUGUGUGACAGCAAACCAUUCGCCCGUUGUGAGCGUCCUGAUGGAGGGAUUGGUAUCUGCUACAACACUCGCAUGCAAGUGCUUUCAUGUUAUGGAGACGAAAACUAUAUCAAGCUACGGCGAUAUCAGAUUCAAAAGGAUAUUGGGCAAAAAUGUGAUCCCGCUCUGGAAGGCUGGCUAGGCUGCAGAGAUUGA